AUGGAAGUGCAACCAAAUGAAGAUGAGGAUAUUGUACAAUGGACAACAGCACUACACCAAUCAAUAAACAGUUUAAAAACAAAACAAUUCGGUGAAAUUUUGAUGAAACUGAAUACUGUCAAGGGACAUAAGUUUAAAGAAAGUGUAAUCAACUACUUCAUUGAUGGUGCCAGUUCAAUUUAUGUGGCUGUGGAAGCUGGAUUUGAGCAGGCUGUUACACAGUUGCUGAACACUGGCGUGGUUAAUGUCACUCAAAGAAAUCAACAAAACAGCUGGACAUGCCUUCAUUUAGCCUGCCACUUAGGACUGGCUACAAUAGUUAAGUCAAUUCUGAGUUUCCAUAGUGAAGAAAAUUCAACUCAACUAUCUAAAUUCUAUCAGCUGAUUUGUAUGCAAACAAGCGAAACCGAAUCGACCAAUGAAGGCACAGCAUUACACUUGGCAGUUCAGUCAAAAAAUUUAGAAACAGUAAACCAACUAUUAUACGAUACAAGUAUGAUAAGUAAACAUUGCAUGAACCGAGGAGUAGAACGUGAAAAGAAACCAGAAGGAAAACUGUUCGAAGAAUUCUGUACAUUAACAGAUAAAGAUGGAAAUACUGCGCUUCACAAUGCUGUAACAGAUAGACUUUAUGAUAUUGUUAGCACAAUAUGCAAGUAUCAUAAUAAAUCAAUCCGUUUACCAAAUAAACAUGGAUAUACAUGUAUUUAUUUGGCUAAGAAUAUAAUGAAAGAUUUUAAAAUGUUAUCCCUACUGGUUAAAUACUCCACAUCAUCACUGACGCCAAGUAAACAUUGUCCUAGACGAUAUUUAUCUAAACAGUUGUAUUCAAUCAACAGUUCUAAGGGACAGAAUAUAAUAAAGUCUAAGUUAAAUCCAAUUAAAAAAUCAGAAUCAAAGAAGGUUAACAGUGAUAGUCAUGGUAACAACAAGAAAAUUAAAAAAACGACAAAUCCUUUGAACCAUUUAACUCUUGACCAGUUGAACGGGAAUUUGAAUAUUAACUACACUGCUAAUCUUAAUAAAUUUUAUGCUUAUUCAUAUCAUAAUGAAGACUAUCAUUCUGUUCACACAUUAUCAACAAAAUUUUCAAAUUUAUCAACGCAACAAAAGUUUGGGAAGAAUUUUCAACCUUUAAGUGGUUUGUCUGGCAAUCGAAUGGAUUUGAAUGAAAGAGAAUCAAGUAGAAAUAUGUACCAGAACAUUGAACAAGAUACAAAUGAGGAAAUUCGGUUUACACAGAAGAAAAUUGACUCCAUGAAAAACAGCUCUACACUAACCAAAACCUCACUCAGUGGAAACUGUGAAAAUCAUAUUCAGAUUAAUGAUACUGCACAAGACUUAGUUUCACAAUUUGUAGAUAUUAAUCCAUUUCAUAACCCACUAAAAACAGAGAAUUUGAUUAAAAAUGAAGAUUCUUCGGUGAGAAAUUAUAAAGUACUACUUGAGCUGGUAGCCAUUCUUAACAUACGACUAAAGAGUUAG